AUGUAUGCCCUCCCAACUGUCAAAGUUGAAGAAGAGAUACAGAAAUUAACAACAAACCAACAACUAUCUACAGUCAAUCAACCUAUAAACGAAAUUGCAAAACAACUUUCAGCAUCCGAAUCAAAUAACAAUAAGAUCAUCUUGUUGAAUGAACUGACUGAACAACAAAAAGAAUACACUUGUUGUUUGCAAGAGUAUAGUGGUGUUUCAAAAACCUUGGUUGCUGCCUUUAUAGAUCAAUCGUCACUUGCAAACACUAUAGUGUUUGAAAAUGUAUCACAAGAAAUCGUACAAGUAGAGUUAAAUCUCUCUAGGUUGUUGGAAAAAAGAAUUAGUAUUCUCAAAGGGUUGAUCCAAAAUCAACAGUCACAACCACAAGACGAGGAAAAGGAAAAAGGUAAAAAGAUUAGUGGAGGAAUACAACAACAAGUUCAAGAACCGGUUUGGGAUCUAUACGCACCUCCAACGUUUCAGUCUGUGGAGAUGUUGGUUCCUACACCAACUGGUUCAAAUCCAAAAAAGAAAAAGCAAACCAUGCAAGUAGUUAAAAUGAUUGGAGAAGCACAAGUGUACAUCAAAUCCACUCAAGACCACCCCAAAGUCACCAAUGAAUUGGAGGAGAAGGAGAAGGAGAAAGAAAAGGAGAGGGAGGAUCACGAAGCAAGUUUAAUUAUAAAUUAUAUCAGACAGAUAGAUUAUAUUCAAUCUACACAAAAGACUUAUGAUGAAAUAGUUGAAAUCUUUUUAAAAUGUAGACCUCAAAGAUUAACAAAGUUGGGAUGUCAUAUCGAUCAAAUAUCUGAAUUGCCAGUAGAUAUAACACAUGAUCAGUACAGCAGUAUGGUGAUGUCGUCAAUGUUUGAAGGGUUGAGACAACAGAUGGUUGUCAAUAUCUUGGACAGUGGUGGAAAGAUUGACUAUAAACUCACCGACGGUCUGUUGAGCUUUAAAAGAAUCCAAGGAGAUCCUGCCAAAGCAAAUUCUCUCACCGCCACCAAUAAUGGAAUGUUGCUAGAUUUUGAAUACAAGACUAAAACAAGAGCCAAUGAUCUACACAAACAAGAUCUAGUCUUGAUUCAAAUCAAACCAAUGAAUCCAAAGUAUCGAAAGAGACACAUCUACUCUAGUCAUCAAAAAUAUGAUGAACAAUUGGAGAGACUAUUUUCUAAUUUUGGAGACCAUGAUGACGAUAGUGAUGAUAGUGAUGAUGAAGAAGAGGAUGAAUGCGAAAUGGUCAACAAUAGUAUUUCAAAUUUAUCUAUCGAUCCAAACGCCGUCGACUAUGUUGAAUCAUUGAUAAAACAAGUGGAAAUUGAUAUUAGUCAAUACAACAAGAUUAAAGCAGAUAGAAACUCUGAAACAAAGGUACAAGCUAAAAGUGCCUAUUCAAGAGUUAAAAAUAAUCUUGAUCAAUUGGUUAUCAUCAAUCAAAAGGUCAAUAUUAUUUCAUCCCCUCAACCACCACUUGGAGAUAUCGCCGAUAAUCGAGUGAUUAAUGAUUUAUUGGUAACUGCAUUUACCGAUAAAAAGUGUAGUCAACAAAUAAUGACAGCCAAGAAAUCUAGUUGGAAUGAUCUUUUAGAGUUGUUAAAGAUUAAUUUCCCAAGAGACGGUUUCGAGCCAUACGGGUCAUUUGUAAAUGGUAUUCAAUUGGAAUCAAGUGACGACAUUGAUGUUUGUUUCAAGACCUCGUUUGAUACAUCUAAUGCCAUACGUCUAAAGAUUCUAAUGAAGAGUGUGGUUAGAUGUCUUAAAAAGCGUAAGGGUGGUCGCAGGGGUAACAAACUCAAAGGACCGUAUUCAGUGGAGCGAAUUUUCGAUUCUAUCAAAGAGGUAGGAAUCAUUCGAUUCAGAGAUUAUAAGCACCGUGUGUCGUUUAACAUGUCCUUUAACAAUCGUUUGGCAAUUGGUAACUCGCUGUUGGUAAAGUCGUAUGCUGAAAUUGACGAGAGAGCCAAACAACUCAUGUUACUAGUCAAGUAUUGGGCAUCGAGAAAGGAUAUCAAUGAUGCUAGCGGUGGCACCCUUUCAUCAUACGCUUGGUUGAAUAUGGUUAUAUUCUAUCUUCAAACUGUUCAACCUCCCGUACUCCCAUCGUUGCACUCGAAUGUCUCUUCAAACUGUCCAACCAAUCAACCAGUACAAAAAGAUGAUUGGAGUAUUAAAGAGGAUGAGUGGAAGUUUGUUGAUCAUCGUCACACUGGAUUUGUCAGCCAAAACAACAAAACAUUAUUCCAACUAUUCUAUGGUUUCUUUGACUUUUAUUGCAAGUUUGAUUUUACGAAUCAAUUGAUUUGCAUUCGUUUGGGUAAAUCAACUACAAACAAGAUUGGAAUGGAUCAAAACAAUCAUAGCCAAAUUUGUAUAGAAGAUCCAUUCGAUACAUCUUCUAAUCUUGGUGCAUCUGUUAAAUCAACCUCAUUUAAUAUUAUUAUUUUUGAAUUCAUGUCAAUGCAAUCAAAGUUAUUAGAACUAGUAUCAAACAAUCAAAAGAUUAUUCGUCAACAAGAUUUUGAUCUUCUCUUUGCACAAUCCUUAAAAUUGAAUCAACUGACAUUCGCUCAAAAUUCAAAUCAAGAAAAGGAGAAGGAAAAGGAAAGGGAAAUAUCGAAAAAGAUUGGAGAAAUGGAAGAGUCUAUCAAAUCUACUAAAGCCGAUUUCAAAGCCACCAAAGCAUACAUCACCCCAAUGGAUCGACCAAAGAUUUUAAAAGAACACUCAGCCAAAAUUAAUUUCAUAAAAAAUGAGCUGAAAAAAUUACAAGGAGAGUUGUUGGUGCUUGUGCUUCAUGAAACUAGUGCACUUGAAAAUGUAAUCAGACGGAUUACCAAUGAUUAUGUUCAAUCAUCUACACAAAAGACUUAUGAUGAAAUAGUUCAAGUCAUUUUAAGAUGUAGACCACAAAUAUUAACAAAGUUGGGACGUCAUAUUGAAUUGUCUGAACUAGUCUUGCCGACAACAAGUUCAACAAACGAUCAGUACAACAGCAGUUUAGUUGUGUCUUUGGUGUUUGAAAAGCUGAGACAGGAGAUCGUUGGCAAUAUCAUAGACAGUGGUGGAAAGAUUGAUGUCAAAGACGGUGGUCUAUUGACAGCUAAUUAUAUUAAAUCGGUUGCAAUAGUUACAAAGGCACAGUCUCUCACUGCCGCCACCAACAAGAAUGGCAUGAUACUAGAUUUUAAAUUCAAGUCUAAAACAAGAGUAACUGAUCUACACAAACACGAUCUAGUCUUGCUUCAAAACAAGGCAAGGUCAACGUUGUGUGUGCUUGCUCAAGUCAUCUCGGCACCACAACCUACUACUGGAAAGUCAGAUCAAUUAUGUAAAGUCUACAUCAUCGAUGAACAGAUAUUGGCACCUCACACUACAGAGUUUAUUGACUCUUUGUCUACCGUCUCCAAAAACAAAACAGAGUUCCAUGUAUUAAGGGUGGUUAGAAAGAACAAACAAACAAUGAAUAUGAAUGUCUCAGAUUUAAUUGAUGAUCUAAAGAAUCCAAAGAAGUUUAUCAGUCCCAAUUUCAAAACCUUUGGCCAAGAGUUUGAGGAAUUAUGUUCGCCAUCAUUUGUUGAGAAUGAUCAAGAUAGUGAUGAUGAUGAUGACGAUGACCAGGCAGACAAGGUGGUCAAUAGUAAUAGUACUGUUGAAUCAUUGAUAAAACAGGUGGAAAUUGAUGUUAUCGAACGUAACAAGAUUAAAGCAGAUAGAAAACCUGAAACCAAGGUUCAAGCUCAAAAUGCAAUUUCGCGAGUUAAAAAGAAUCUUAAUCAAUUGUUCAACUAUCAAAAAGCCAAUACUAUUUCUUCUCCCUCUCAAUCUUCACCACUUGGAGAUAUCACCGAUCGUCAAGAGAUCAAUGGUUUAUUGGUAACUGCAUACACUGUUAAAAAGUGUAGCGAUAAAACAUUGUCAGCCAAGGAGUCUAGUCGUAAUGACCUUUUCAGUUUGUUAAAGUCCCAAUUCCCAAAAGACAGUUUCGAGGCAUACGGGUCAUUUGUAAAUGGUAUUCAAUUGGAAUCAAGUGACAUUGAUGUUUGUUUCAAGACCGACAUUAAUACAUCUGACCCAGUCCUUCGUAAGGAUCUAAUGAAGAGUAUAGUCACACGUCUUUAUAAUCGUAAGAGCAAGAGAUCCAAGCUCAGAGGGCCGUAUCAAGUAGAGCGAGUACUAGACUCUAUCAAAGUACCAAUUAUUAAAUUCAGAGAUCUAAGGUACAAUGUGUCGUAUGACAUGUGCUUUAACAAUCGUUUGGCAAUUGGUAACUCUUUAUUGGUAAAAUCGUACGCUGAAAUUGACGAGAGAGCCAAACAACUCAUGUUACUCGUCAAGUAUUGGGCAUCGAGAAAGGAUAUCAAUGAUGCUAGCGGUGGCACCCUUUCAUCAUACGCUUGGUUGAAUAUGGUUAUAUUCUAUCUUCAAACUGUUCAACCUCCAGUACUCCCAUCAUUGCAUGCCAACAUCUCUUCAAAACCAACCAAUCAAUUAGUACAAAAAGAUGACUGGAAGUUUGUUGAUCAUCGUCACACUGGAUUCGUCAGACAAAACAAAAAGACAUUAUUCCAACUAUUCUAUGGUUUCUUUAAUUUCUAUUGCAAGUUUGAUUUCACCAAUCAAUUGAUUUGUAUUCGUUUAGGUAAACCAACCAGCUAUAGUUUGGCAUCAAAAUCCUACAAGGAUAACAACAAUCAAAGUCUCAUUCGCAUUGAAGAUCCAUUCGAUACAUCUGCUAAUCCAGGUGCAUCUGUUAAAUUAUCAUCUUCAUUCAAGAUUAUCAUCUUUGAAUUCACGUCGAUGCAAUCAAAAUUAUUACAACUAUCCAACAAAAAAGAUAUUAUUUAUCAUCAAGAUUUUGAUCAUCUAUUUUCAAAAUCAUUAAAAUUAAAUCAACUUUAUAAAAAAUCAAAAUAA